AUGUCAUACAACUUUCCAAUGGUUGACUCGAAUAGUCAAUUCAAGGACAUCCUUUUUUCGCAGCAAAACCCCCAGGCUCCACUGAAAGGAAAUGCUACAGGUGCACGAACAGCUGGGCCAGCAGCCUUUAGUCCUGCAACCCAGACCAACGCCGAGUCGCCACGUACCGGAGUUGAGCAAUCACCACAUUCUGGCCCCACUGAUCCGUCCUACUUAGGGACCCCUCCACCAAGUGGUAUGCAAUCCCUUUCCCGGUUUCAACAUCCCUUUGGGCAAGAAAACCUGUUUACACUCCCCUCGGAACUCCAGGGUGGGAUUGGAACCAUUUCGUCAAGAAGACCAUCAUACGCAGCAGAGAGCUUUACGCGUGCAAUAGAAGACCCAUCUGAGUUACCGGCUAACCUCUCCAUAAAACAAAAUACCAAUGUCAGUGGCAACAACAAUGUACACUUGUCUAAGCCCAAAAAUUUGGCUGCGUUUGCUGCCAUGAACAGCUACAAUAACUUCAACCUUGACUCUCUCAAUGAUUCAUUUGGGAAUUUCAAUCUUAAUGCCAAUUUCAAUGACUUUCAGGCGAGGAGACCUUCCCAAUUGGCAGACUUCCAGUCGAACCAGUUCUUACCUCUGUAUAUGUAUCAGCCACAUCCACAUCAAGCAGGUCAGGCGCAACCAGGAGUACAAUCACUGACUCUCCAACAACAUCAACAGCAACAGCAGCAACAACAACAAAACCAGCAACACCAGCAGCAACAUCAGCAGCAACCGCAACAACAACAAUCGAGGCAAGGGCAACAACCAACAGCAUCGCAACAAUCGCAGCAGCAGGGACCACCACUUUCUCAACAGCCGCAGAUUCAGAGUGGGAACCAUAUUCCUAGUGCAACCAAUAGCGGAGCAUAUAUCAAUCCUUCAAUUCCUGUAAACCUUGAAAAUGGACUCAUUCUCCAGGAUCAAUAUAUCAUUGCAUCUCCGGAACUUAAGUCUCUUUUUAUGAAGGCAAUCAAAUAUUUCCAAAGCCCUGCUCAGACAAAUCAAAUCCUAAAGGAUCUCUAUAUGUUACUUCAGCAACCAACAAUUAUUAAACUUAUCACGUUUAUUAAGAAUUUGAACAAUCUCACUUUCAACCAUAAGACAUUAUGUUUGGUUAUAAAUAAAAAUGGGAAGUUUGAUUUACUUUCUUACCCAAACAAUUCAAAUAUUUUCUUACAAACUUCUGAUUUAGUGAUUGUUGAUGGAGACAGAGGAAAGGAUUUGGUUAUGAUAUUGGAACCGUUGAUUGAUUUGAACACAGCUAUUUUGUUUAAUUUUUUGAAAAAAUUAGAACAUUUAAAGAGUUUAACUGUUAUGGAUGGACCAGCAAAUGGUAAUACUAAUAACAGUGGUGGUAAUAAGGGCAAAAAGAUUUCGGGUGGUACUCAUUCGACCAUGUUGAAUGCAUCACAGAUUAUAAAUACGAACUCUAAUGAAGAUAAUGAGUUUAUCAUAACGUUACCCACAAAGCAAGUUUUGCGUUUUGCAACGCCAAAGGAAGUACACAAGCUUAGUGGAAAGUUUUUGGAGGAGAAGAAAGCAUUUGUUACUUGUUUAAAUAAAAUUAAAGAACUAAACUUGCAGCGUGACUUAGAGUUAAUUAACGUUGAGUAUCAAUCAGAUUUUAAAAAGUUGAUCUUUUACUACUUUGCAGGAUUCAAAAGAAUUGAUUUCAGAGGCUUAAUUAAGGAAUUGUUCAAAAUUUAUAAAACAAGAAUAUGGUUAUGCGCUGUUUUACCAUUUGAUAAACCUGAGUUGUACAUUACACAAGAGAGUCCCCCUGCUUCAAAUGAUAACAAGGUAAUUAUUACUGAACGUACACCAAGCGAAUAUGAACUUUCAAAUGAUCAGAUUUUGAAAUUUUCGAUUAAUGAAAUUCAAAACUUAUCUACUCCAAAUUAUUUCCAUUCUUCUAACUUACAGAAUUUGAUAGUUCACUUACAAAAUGAGAUCAAGGGAAAAUUUUAUGGAUUUAAUAAUAGCAACCCAGUUCCAAGCAGUCCGCUGACGGUUUUAACAUUUGUACCAAAGCAAAAUCAGAAUCAAAGCCAGAACCAGAACCAGAACCCAAAUGCAAGUCCAAACGCAAGUGCAAUUCCGAAACAAAACCCAAAUCAGAACCAGAAACAAAAUCAAAAUCCAAAUAUGCAACCAGAACCACUGCAACAACAAAAUCAACAUAGUCAACAGAACCAAAAGUUGUCUCCGUUUCCUCUAGCUCAAGGAACUGGUGAGUUAGGCAAGGAUGCCCCAAAGAACAAUUCAGGUAGACUGGGACUGAUUUCCUAUCCACAAUCAAGUAAGAUACUACCAAAUUUUAAUCCAUUUGGAGAUAAUGUGUGA